UCUGCAUUAAUGCAAAGACACUUUUCUCGAUUCUUAUAAAUAUCUGCACCCAACUGAUGUUACUAACUGUUCUUGCUUUGAUACACUUCCACUGUAGUGUCCGGGCACUGUUAUUUUCUCUCGAACGAUCUUAAAUCCAAGCGAUCAUCUUUCUGUAGGCAUUUGCUCCAGAUUACCGGGAUGUAUAUUUAGAGGCUAAUUAGUGAUCUGGAAGAAGAUUGGAUUCAUACGCAAAGGAGCAAAGUUUAAUUUGAAUGGAGGAAGCGAAGAGCAAAAUGAAGACAGAGAAAAUGGAGAACGAGAAAAUGUGGCACAAAAUGGAACAUGUCAGAUAUCCUGUGAGAAAGUUUAGUUCUCUUGGUUGGUACUUCCAUAACUCACAGAUAUUUGAACACAUCAGGCAGUCGCUCAAACAGGGAAAAGAGUAUGUUGAGCACGAAAAAUCAGGAGAGUGUGGGGAAGCAGCUCAUCAGUUGUUGGGUUCUGUGGCUGUAGCUAUCAGUGAACUCGGCCUGGAUUGGUUUUUUCUGGAAAUGCUUUGGAUAUCCAUAUACAAAAGUAAUGCAUUUAUGCAGAAAGAAAAAACCGUUGAGAGAAUUCAUGAAGUGGCAUGUGAUAUAUACAGAGAUACAGUGAAUUCAGGUGAUUUUCAGGAUGAUGAGUACAACGGCUUCAUGAAAAGGUCUCCGAAAGUGCUCAGUUUGCUUGAUGAGUGGCGAAGAAGGACCGACGAGCUCAUUGAGACAGAGAUUCAACAAGUUUUGAUGGAUUUGUCAAUAUCAGCAUUUUGUGCGCCGCGAGUUAUUUGUGACUAUUUUACUUAUCCCUUGAAGAAUAAUCAGUGGUCAUUCAUAAUGGAGGGUAAUGAUGGUGUUCAUGAGAAAAUGCUGUUAUUCUUCAAGGAGCAGCUGGAUUUGAUCUGCAAUUACUUGGCAAAUAUACCAGUCAAUCACGGGUGGAAUGGUCUUAUACAUUGUACAACUUUAGAUGCUAUAUGGAGUGAUGCUUUAUCCGUGAUUGUGAGGAUUGUAGUUCAUUAUUGUAGUUUCUGGUUCAACAGAAAACACCCUGAAUCUGCAAGCGCCGUGGCAACCGAAAUGAUAAAUUUGCUUCAGGAGAUCGCUCCUACAAAUCCAGAAUUCCUAAAGUCUAACCUCAGGUGCCUAAAGUAUCUCUGUGAAAGUGAUGGCGACUCCAUACAUGCACAGGUUGCUAACUCCCGCGACGUGGCUUACUUUUGCCGCCAUCUUCUCAACUGCCUUUCUGUAAAACAAGAAGAGUUUGCGGAGGAACAAAUUAGUUACCUAAGUUCCCUUGUUGCUCUUUGUUUGAGAAAUACACCAGCGGAUAGUAAUGAGGAUGUGGACAGUUUCUUUGCAGAGAUUACUGCAGUGCUAGCAGAAGUAAGCUUCAUUUUCCAUGGCACAGUGCAAAUAGAUCUAGCUGCUAAAAAAGAACCAAUUCAAGCUGCUAUAUUGUUUCCUGAUUUCGAGUUGCAGGCAAAAAUUUGUCUACUCAAGGCAGAGCUUUUCCUUAAACAGCAACUCCAAACUCGCAAUGACCAAUUUUUCAAAGUCGAUAUGAUCCUCAGGUACCUGAGAACAUUUAGCAAAGAUGCAUGUCAAAGAGAGAAAUCAGAGUUGUUGAAGCAGAGUUUGGUAUUCGCUGAAGAAUUGGCGAAUGAGAUUGAAUCCCUUAACAAGUCACUUCGUGCCGAGAGGAUAACUAGCCCUUUGGUAAAACAUUCACUUCAGCAGUGGCUUUUUCGGAUCACCUUUUUCAAAGCUGAGUCAUGUUUAGCAGAGCUGUUGAAGAGUAGCGACUCCCCCAUAGCUGGUGAAAUGGAUCAACUUCAAUCCCUUGUUGAGUAUCUAAAACAUUUUAAAGGAAUUGUAAGUACAAAGUUGCCAAGUAACCCGUCAGAUGACGAAACCAUCAUCAUUCAACUUGAAGCUAUUGCUAGGGGGAUAACACUUCUCUCUCACGCGUAUCUCCCUAAUGACAAGAAGUUUGAAAAAAUGGUCCAUUCAUUGCCUCAGUUGUUGGAUAAGGUGAACAAUGUCAAAGCUCAGCUCGAGGAAGUAAUUCAGCAAUUUCCAAGGACCAAAUUUCCCAGGACCUUUGAACUCGGGUACUUUGAUUUUCUGUGCAGAAACUUAAGGGAGCUUCUGAAGCAUGAUCCUGCGUCUAUUACAACUAUCAAACCUCACAUUGAGGAAGUUCUGUUGCAUCUGGAGUCUCUGAGAUCUUUUCUUCCUGAUGUAAAAGCUUCUGAUAUUGAGCUGGGGGUAUUACAGGAUCUUGGGAGUCACAUCAUAGAUUUGGCAUAUAAACUGGAAUAUGUUGUUGACUCCAUUGAGGUUGAUGGUCAUUUGCAGCAUUCAAUAUGGUUGUAUGAUCUUUUACAGGAUAUUAAACUUGCAGAUCAACGUGUACUCAAAUUCCGUGACAUGUCCUAUGUCGGAAAAGUAGAAAAAAUCCGACAGAACCCAACCCGGAUGGUGUCAAGAGAAAUCACACAAGAAAUCAAUGAAUUGCUGGUUGAUCUUCAAGACGAAGAAGAAAUAAUAAUAGACUGCCUUGCCAGGGGAUCCUUGCAGCGAGAUGUUGUUUCGAUUGUUGGCAUGCCUGGCAUUGGAAAGACCACGCUGGCGAGAAAAGUGUACAACAAUCCGAAUGUGGUGUGUCAUUUUCAUCGUCAUGCAUGGUGUACUGUCUCACAGACAUACUCAAAAAGGGAGUUGUUGGUCGAGUUAUUAGGUACUGUAGAUGUGCUUAAUAACAACAUCAAUAAACUGACUGAUGAGGACCUCAUGUCCAAAUUGCGCCGAUGCCUGUUAAGAAACAAGUAUCUGGUAGUUAUGGAUGACAUAUGGGACACCACGGCCUGGAAUGACUUGGAAAACUGUUUUCCAGAUGACAAAAAUGGAAGUAGAAUUCUGCUAACUAGUCGUUGCCAGAAUGUAGCCACAGAAAUCAAACCUAAUAGCAGUCCACAUGCUAUUCGUCCAUUUUCAGAUGCUGAAAGUUGGGAACUGUUAAAAAACCAAGUAUUUAAAGGGACAAAUUGUCCCGAAGAAUUGUUGGAAGUUGGAAUAGAGAUCGCUCAACAAUGUCAAGGAUUGCCGCUUUCAGUUGUCAUGGUAGCUGGUCUCCUGAAGAUGUUAGAAAAAAACAAGGAUUCAUGGACAAAAGUCUUGAAAAGCAUAAGCUCAGAGAUACUCAGCAAUCCAGAAAACCGCUGUCGGGAAAUUUUAGAACUGAGCUAUAAGAACUUGCCUGAAUAUCUUAGAGCCUGCUUUAUUCAUUUGGGAGGUUUUCUCGGGGAAAGAGAGAUUCCUGUAACCAAGUUGGUACAUUUUUGGUUGGCAGAAGGGUUCAUAAGAGAUACAGAUUCGAAGAACUUGGAGGAGGUUGCAGAGGAUUAUUUGAUGGAGUUGAUUAACAGAAGCCUAGUGAACAUCCAUGAAACAAGAUGCAAUGGAAAAGUGAAAACAUGUCGGCUUCAUGAUCUAUUACGUGAUCUGUGUCAUUUGAAAGCAAAGGAAGAGAACUUCCACCAACUGGUAACAGAGAACGAUGAACCAUACGUGUCGUUCCCUGAUUCAAAAUAUGACAUGGAGUUUGAUAGUGAGAAUGUCAUAGCUCCCAUAGUAUUUAAUAGCUACAGAUUGAGCUUUUCUGUGAAACGACCACAUUUUAUUGUUUCUCGUCCUUCUGGCCUCGCUUCUCGGUCCAUGGCAUUGUUCGCAUGUGCUGAUUCAGAGCCUAAAUAUCCUUAUGACAUCUCCUUCAUUUGCCACAACUUCAAGUUACUUCGGAUUUUGGACUUGGAAGCUGUCAUGGCGAUUAGCUUUCCUGUAGAAAUAGGACUAAUGGUUCAGUUGAGAUAUUUGGCUCUAAGUGGCUAUAUGCAGUCUAUUCCACCAUCAAUAUCCAACUUGUGGAGACUUGAAACGUUGGUUGUGAAGGGAUUGCGAAAGGUCAUCUUACCAGAAACUGUUUGGAGCAUGAAACGACUGAGGCACCUUCAUGUGAAUAAUCAUGUCGUUUUUAGCUUGCAAGGGCUGGAUGGUGGUGUCGGGAGUUCUUCUCAUUUGGAACAUUUGGUCAGCUUGUCUACCCCAUCACUCUCCUGCAAGAAUGGUAGAUGGAGGAUAUUGAAGAGGUUUCCUAAUCUCCGCAAAUUGAGAUGCAUAUUCUGGCAGUCAGAGAACUCCGCUGAAGAAAACAGUGAGUACGUAAGAUGGAACUUCUUAACUCAUUUGGAGUCGCUAAAGAUUAUUUGCUUUGGUGGAACUCCAAGUCCAAGGGAUUUUCUCCUGCCUCAAAACCUCAAGAAAUUGAGUCUAUCAGAAUUCUGUCUGCAAGAGAACCAUCUUUCUGUUAUUGGAGAGCUACAAAAUCUCAGAGUUCUGAAAAUUCAUGCUGGAACCUUUGAGGGUCAGAAAUGGGAAAUGAGGGAAGAGGAAUUCAAGGAACUCAGAUUCUUAGAGUUAGAUACCAUGAACCUUGUUGAAUGGGAUGCCUUUUACGAUCACCUUCCCCGCCUAGAAAGACUGGUAUUACGCAAUUGCAAGGAUUUGAAGAGAAUUCCAUCGGACUUUGCCUAUAUUGCUACAUUGCAAAAGAUUGAAGUACAUUGGUGCGGGAACUCUGUGGAAUCGUCAGCAGAAGAAAUUGGGGUUGAAACAAAGGAGAUAAAAGUCAUUAUCAGUCACUUGUAACUGAACUCACGAUCAGAGUGAUAUUGAACCAUUUUUGUGGUACUGAUGCUGUCGAAAUGUUUUGCAGUAUGGUCUAAGGUAGAGAAAUCUAGGAAGCAGCUCAAGGAAGAAAUGGAGCAAAAAAGAAACAAGGAAAAUGACAACUGAAUUGUUCCUCUCAAGGAUUUGGUGUUUGACAUAAUGAUUGACGAAUUAGAGUUUUGGGUUAGAGGUACAUCAUUUUGGUGAAGUGAGGAUGUAAGGACCGCCAAUAUAGUGCUUCUAUCUACUACAAAAGCAUGAUUUGUAACAAGGGUGGGAGAGUUGGGUGGGGUAGGGCUGUCAACGAACCGAGUCAAGCCCAAACAGUUAGGUGUUCGAGUUCGAGUUCGACAAAAAAUUUGGAGCUCGCAUUCGAGUUCGAACUUGGUUGAACAUCUCAAUUGAAGUUUGAGUUUGGCUCGAAAUAAAAAUGAAUAUCGCUCGGCUCGAUUGGCUCGAAUUUGUGUCUGAUAAAAAUUAAGCUCGAAUAAAUUUUAAUACUUGUCAUUUUUAAUUCAACAAGUUCAAUCUAUAUAUUCUAUGAGUAAAAUUCUUUGACAAUCAUAAAAAAUAUGUAUAUCUCAUUAUUACAUCUUCAAAAUAUAAAUGACAAUAAUUUUUAAGAAAUAAAAAGAAAAGUUUUCAUAAAUUAUAUCUUAUUCAUAAUAAAAAUAAAAUAA